CUUAAAGGCUAACUGAGGGCGUGCAGGUGUUUUUAUUAUUUUCUUCUCUUUAUGGUCGCCCUGACUUUAGUGCACUCGGUGAUCAGUGUCUUCGGGGGAAUUUAUAUGGCUGGAGGUUGCUGCACAGCCGAGAUAUGAACUCCCGCUGAAAUUAUUGAUGCUGAACUGAGUGGUCCACUGCUAUCGUCCAGUGUUUCCCCUCCCCUCAGUUUUCCGUCUCCCUGUCUGUCAACCUGACUUGUGAGCAGCCAUGACAAAGUCCUACGAAUUCAACUGGGAGAAGCACCUGCCUGAGUUCAUGCAGGAAGGCGCCUCUUUUGACAGGUUUGAUGAGGACCCAUACAUCUUUGAGCCCAACUGCCACAUGGAAGUGGACGAGUACGGCUUUUUCAUCACCUGGAAGAGUGAGGGAAAGGAAGGUCAGGUUCUGGAGUGUUCUCUCAUCAACAGUAUUCGCGUCGGUGCCGUCCCAAAGGACCCUAAAAUCCUGUCGUCAUUUGAGGCCACUGGAAAGACAGAAACAGACUUGGAGGGUUGCAUCAUCUGCAUCUGCAGUGGCACAGACCUGGUCAAUCUCAACUUCAUGUUCAUGGUGGCAGAGAACCCAGAGACAGCCAGGAAGUGGAUCGAGGGUUUGAGGUCAGUGAUUCACAACGUUAAGGCCAACAACGUCUGUCCAAUGACAUGCCUCAAGAAACAUUGGAUGAGAAUGUGUUUCCUUACCAACGUGAAUGGGAAGAUUCCUGUAAGAGGCAUCACUCGGACAUUUGCGUCAGGCAAAACGGAGAAGGGGAUCUUUCAGGCUCUGAAGGAUCUGGGCCUUCCUAGUGGAAAGAACGAUGAGAUCGAACCAGCAGAUUUUACCUUUGACAUUUUUUACGCGCUCACACAGAAGAUCUGCCCUCGCACAGAUAUAGAGGAGCUCUUCAAGAAAAUCAAUGGGAACAAAACUGAUUAUUUAACUGUAGACCAGUUAGUCAGCUUUCUGAAUGAAAACCAGCGCGACCCAAGGUUAAACGAGAUUCUGUUUCCAUUCUACGACCCCAAGAGAGCCAUGCAGAUCAUCGAGAAAUACGAGAGAGACGAAGAUCUGAAGAAGAAAGAAGAAUCUACAGUACCUGAAGAUGAGGUGACAGAGAUAUCUGAAGCAACCGACGCCACAGACAUCUCUGAAGCAUCUGACCAAGACAACAACAAGAAGACUGUAGAUGUGGCAGAAGACUUAGAGGAGGCUCUGAUAGCUCAGUACACCUAUGUGGGAGCCACCACUAACAUCCACCCGUAUCUGUCAGCCAUGGUCAACUAUGCACAGCCGGUCAAGUUCCAGAGUUUUGAUGUAGCUGAAGAAAGGAAUAUCCACCAUAACAUGUCAUCUUUUAACGAGUCAGUUGGCCUGGGCUAUCUGAAGACUAAUGCCAUUGAGUUUGUGAACUACAACAAGCGUCAGAUGAGCCGUAUCUACCCCAAAGGGGGCCGGGUGGACUCCAGUAAUUACAUGCCUCAGAUCUUCUGGAACGCAGGCUGCCAGAUGGUCUCACUCAACUUCCAGACCCCAGAGCAGCUCGAGGCCUUCAAGAAACACAUGGAGGCAGGAGAGACAAACACCCCUGCUAUCAUUAUGGGAGAGGAGAAUGAAGACGACACAGAGAACGGAGAAAAAGAGGCAGAGGAUAAGGAUUUGAAUUCAGAGGCCCCCAGCAGUGUUUCUGAAGCAACCAGCGAGAAAGAAUCCAACAGUGUUUCUCAGAGUAACGCUGUCAGCUCAAGGAAAGAUGACGAGCAAAGCAACAGUAUUAAGAAGGUGUUCUCAGGACAGUUUCUCUCUGACAAGAAAAUCGGGACCUACGUUGAAGUCGACAUGUAUGGACUGCCAACGGACACCAUCCGGAAAGAGUUUCGCACUCGCAUGGUGAUGAACAAUGGACUGAACCCUGCCUACAACGAGGAGCCGUUCGUCUUCAGAAAGGUAGCACGAACAGAUAGACGGGGCAACAAUCUGGCCAUGCAGCUGAACCAAGGAAAGUUUGAGUACAAUGGUUCCUGCGGGUACCUGCUGAAGCCCGACUUCAUGCGGCGGUCAGACAGGAUGUUUGACCCAUUCUCAGAGACACCGGUGGAUGGUGUCAUCGCCGCAACCUGCAGCGUACAGGUUAGGUCAUGCACUAUUGUGGAUGCUCUAUCAGACCCAAAGAAGUUUUUGACUAUAGCAGAGAAGAGAGCUGACCAGAUGAAAGCACUGGGAAUUGACACGAACGACAUAGCAGAUGUUCCCAGCGGAAGCUCAAAAAACGACAAGAAAGGGAAGGGUAAAGGUGACACCGUGAAAACCAGUGUGACACCGCAAGCCAGCUCAGACAUGGCCCAGACUUCCAACGCUGCCCAAAAUAACACGACCGAAGCNNUGCCUGAGUCUAGUAUAUUGUACAUCGUGACUAAACAUGGAUCUCUCCCACUGCAGUCGUACCUUAAAUUGAUUAAAAAGCAGCAGAAGGAGCUCAACACUCUAAAGAAGAAACACUCAAAGGAUCAAAAUACAAUGCAGAAAACCCACUGCACUCAGGUGGACAAGAUAGUGUCUCUGCAUGAUAAGGAGAAGGUAACUCUGGAGAAGCUACUAGAGAAAGCCAUCAAGAAACGAGGUGAAAACAACUGCCAAGAGCUGAAGAAGGAGACAGAAGAUAAGAUUCAAACGCUAGUUGCUGAUCAUAAAACCAAGGUAAAGGACAUCACAGCACAGCACACCAAAGAGUGGUCAGAGCUAAUCAGUAGUCACAGCAGUGAGGAGCAGGAGAUGAAGGACAGCCACGUCACCCAGCAGUGUGAACACCUCAAGAAGCUCUUGGCCACUGUCCAGGAGCAGCAGACCAUGCAGCUUAAACUCAUUCAUGAAAGGCAGAGCAAAGAGAUGCGUGCCAACCAGGCUAAGAUGUCCAUGGAAAACAGUAAAGCCAUCAGCCAGGACAAGACUAUCAAAAAUAAGGCAGAGCGAGAGAGGAGAGUGCGGGAGCUAAACAGCAGCAACACCAAGAAGUUCCUGGAUGAGAGGAAGAGGCUGGCUAUGAAGCAUCAGAAGGAGAUGGAGCAGCUAGAGAAAAACCAGAGAGAGCAGCUGGAGAAACUGGAGAAGUUCAAUGAGCAGCUUUUGAAAUCACACCAUGCAAACAAACAGGUUCAAGACGAAGGACAUGCAGCAGAUGGUGAAGUUGGAGGAGGAGAUGGACCGCAGACCUGCCACAGUGGUGUGAGCGGCUGAGACUGGGAAGACACAUUCACACUUGUACACUCAAACACACAAGAAGGUGCAGAAAACACUCCACAGAAAGCCCUCUACAGUCCAGAGAUGAAAACCUUCCUACAUCACUUUGUGUUUUAUUUAUGUUCGCGCAGACACACAGCAGUCCCGGCCCUACACCUCUUCUUUUGCUCUGUUCACUCAGCCAUGCAUCGUGUGCUCUCCAACCACUAUCUUUAUACCACUGAGCCAUUGGUGCUUAUCACCAUUUGUCAGGGGGGAUUAACCACUUAUCGAGACAGGAAACGUUACCUCGGAGAACACACAGGAAAAUACGUCGUCUCCUCUAGUGUAUCUAAAUUCUCUGUUGCCAUCACAUCGUAUGUUCUCUUCAGCUAUUAGCAGUACUUAGUACAAGCACACACACACCAAAUUCCUCACACACACACACAGGCUCAUGACAGGUCACAUAAACAGGCUCUGUUCCCAAUUUGACCAUUUUUGAGAAAAGAAAAAAAAAGCAGUAUCCAAUGAACCGCUGCAGACACAGAGGGAUGAAGAGUAUGUAUAAGAUUUAAUGUCAUUUCAGCACAAAUGAAUCAACUGUAUGAGAAAUACACUGUAUGCUACACCAGUCGUGUCCUGAGCACUUUGUAUCUGAUAGGCUGUCAAAAAAAGUUAAAAAAGAGAAAAAAAAAGAAAAAGAGAAGAAAAAGUAACAAAAACACGGAACAUGUAGCGGUGCACUACUGUAGGCUUUCUGUUUUCAGUAAGAAUGUAUUUUUAAAAAAAUAAAAUUAUUGUAUUAAGAGUGGCAACACCCACCCCCCUUUCUCCCUCCAUGUCACACAAUCCUCCACCUUAUCACAAAGACGUGUUAUUGACUUUUUGAUGACUAUAAAAAAGGUUUAUUGUCACGCUGAGUCAGAAUACUAUAAAGGGAUCACAGGGAAUACAUGCUAAUCCCUCAAAUUUUUUUGUUUCACUUACUUUAAUUUUAGGUACUCAUGAGAUGAUUUAAUAGCUGUGCUUCUUUUGCACUUGGAAAUUACAUUUACAUGUAUUUUACUCGUUUCCAUGAGUACAGUUUAAACUGCAAUACUUUUGGUACUCUGAGUUUAAGGCCAAAACCACUACGUACACUAUGCAAACAAGAUAAUUCCCUCAUAGCUGUAACAGUAAACGGUAUUCCACACAUGCUGUCGCCCGUUCCUCUAUCUGACUUUGGCUGGCAGGCGUCUCUUUGUCUUGUCAUUAUUACAGCAUUGUUGAAUGCUAGUGCUCCCUUUAUAGAUUCUUGACUGCACCUGAGCACCCUCAGCUUGUAAACCUCGCAGUUUCCCUGUCCUGCUCUGGCUAUAGGAGGGUGGACCGAAUAACAGAUUCGUAAAAGUCUCUGGUGUUCACUCCUGUCUACAGCAGGUUCCCUUCCUAACGAUGUUACAGAGGUGAUGUUGGAGGUGGUGGUACUGUGCCAGGAUGCCUCUGCAGAGAAUUAAAAGUGUGAUGUGCAGUACUGUUCUAAUGUAACACUAACAUUGACUAAACUGACAAAAAAGUCAUGUAAUGAUAUAAAAACAUUAAGGAUAAAGGCACCUAUGGGUAUUUUGGCCUUUUUUUUUUAAAGUUUUGUUUGUUUUUUUUCCCUGUUUUAUUCUGCUGUGUUAUAUGUAAAGGGUAGACGGGAUAUUCUUGUAUAUACUGGAAUGUAUGUAGUUUAAUUUACUUUUGGACCAGUUGUGUUCUGCCAUUUAAGGGCUUGGGGAUUGAGUGGGUCUGCUGGGUGAGGGAAAAAUGAUCAACUAUUGUUUUGUUUUGUUUUUUGGAGUUUGUUCUCUUUCUUUUCUUGUUUUCCAGUCUGCCCUUAUAAUGCACCACACAACACGAUAUAAAGCUCUCACCACAUAUCUAGUGUAGAGUUAAAUGAGUAAAAGUGCUUUUAAAUUUUAUUCCAUCGCUUUCAAAUGUGCCACUCAGUGUCUGUUAGGAUGUUUAAAUUAUUUUAUGAAUGAUAAAAUGCCAAAUUAAGGGGUUAUUUAUAUGAAAGUAUAUAUAAAUAAAUGAAUAUAUAUUAUAUAUUAGAUAAUGUGUAGUUUAAGAUGAUUAUGUUAGAAGCUUUUUUGCACUAGUUGAAUGUUUCUGUUGUGUGAUUUACAUGUAACCUUUGGCUCUCGAGUUUGUCAAAAAAGCAGAUUAUUUUUGCAGAGCAACAUCACUGAUUUCAUUUCCUCAGUUUCUACUGUAUCUCCUUUAUUUUCUAUUUGAAUUGUAGCUUGUCGACAGACAUUCUGUGCGUGUUUUUGUAUUUAUAUUGUACUGUUGAACUUAUAGCAAUGAAAAUACUGUUGUUAUCCAGCUCCUUUAAUACUGUUUUAUAGUAUGUGUCUCAAUAAAUCCAGGUGUAAAAUGGGA